GGCGGCAGUCGGCGACUUUCCAUCGGAUCAUCGCGUUGGUUCGGCGUGAUUGGCCCUUCGCGGAAUCUUCGCUUUCGCUGACAGACCAAAAUGCAGAUCUUUGUGAAGACCCUGACCGGCAAGACCAUCACUCUAGAAGUGGAGCCCAGUGACACCAUCGAGAAUGUGAAAACCAAGAUCCAGGAUAAGGAAGGCAUCCCCCCAGACCAGCAGAGGCUGAUCUUUGCUGGCAAGCAGCUUGAAGAUGGCCGCACUCUUUCUGAUUACAACAUUCAGAAAGAGUCCACCCUGCACCUGGUCCUGCGUCUGAGGGGCGGCAUGCAGAUCUUCGUGAAGACCCUGACCGGCAAGACCAUCACCCUGGAGGUCGAGCCCAGUGAUACCAUCGAGAAUGUGAAGGCCAAGAUCCAGGAUAAGGAGGGCAUCCCCCCUGACCAGCAGAGGCUGAUCUUUGCUGGUAAGCAGCUGGAAGAUGGCCGCACUCUUUCUGACUACAACAUUCAGAAAGAGUCCACCCUGCACCUGGUCCUGCGUCUGAGGGGCGGCAUGCAGAUCUUCGUGAAGACCCUGACCGGCAAGACCAUCACCCUGGAGGUCGAGCCCAGUGAUACCAUCGAGAAUGUGAAGGCCAAGAUCCAGGAUAAGGAGGGCAUCCCCCCUGACCAGCAGAGGCUGAUCUUUGCUGGCAAGCAGCUUGAAGAUGGCCGCACUCUUUCUGACUACAACAUUCAGAAAGAGUCCACCCUGCACCUGGUCCUGCGUCUGAGGGGCGGCAUGCAGAUCUUCGUGAAGACCCUGACCGGCAAGACCAUCACUCUAGAGGUCGAGCCCAGUGAUACCAUCGAGAAUGUGAAGGCCAAGAUCCAGGAUAAGGAAGGCAUCCCCCCUGACCAGCAGAGGCUGAUCUUUGCUGGCAAGCAGCUAGAAGAUGGCCGCACUCUUUCUGACUACAACAUUCAGAAAGAGUCCACCCUGCACCUGGUCCUGCGUCUGAGGGGCGGCAUGCAGAUCUUCGUGAAGACCCUGACCGGCAAGACCAUCACCCUGGAGGUCGAGCCCAGUGAUACCAUCGAGAAUGUGAAGGCCAAGAUCCAGGAUAAGGAGGGCAUCCCCCCUGACCAGCAGAGGCUGAUCUUUGCUGGCAAGCAGCUUGAAGAUGGCCGCACUCUUUCUGACUACAACAUUCAGAAAGAGUCCACCCUGCACCUGGUCCUGCGUCUGAGGGGCGGCAUGCAGAUCUUCGUGAAGACCCUGACCGGCAAGACCAUCACUCUAGAGGUCGAGCCCAGUGAUACCAUCGAGAAUGUGAAGGCCAAGAUCCAGGAUAAGGAAGGCAUCCCCCCUGACCAGCAGAGGCUGAUCUUUGCUGGCAAGCAGCUAGAAGAUGGCCGCACUCUUUCUGACUACAACAUUCAGAAAGAGUCCACCCUGCACCUGGUCCUGCGUCUGAGGGGCGGCAUGCAGAUCUUCGUGAAGACCCUGACCGGCAAGACCAUCACCCUGGAGGUCGAGCCCAGUGAUACCAUCGAGAAUGUGAAGGCCAAGAUCCAGGAUAAGGAGGGCAUCCCCCCCGACCAGCAGAGGCUGAUCUUUGCUGGCAAGCAGCUAGAAGAUGGCCGCACUCUUUCUGACUACAACAUUCAGAAAGAGUCCACCCUGCACCUGGUCCUGCGUCUGAGGGGCGGCAUGCAGAUCUUCGUGAAGACCCUGACCGGCAAGACCAUCACCCUGGAGGUCGAGCCCAGUGAUACCAUCGAGAAUGUGAAGGCCAAGAUCCAGGAUAAGGAGGGCAUUCCCCCAGACCAGCAGAGGCUGAUCUUUGCUGGCAAGCAGCUUGAAGAUGGCCGCACUCUUUCUGAUUACAACAUUCAGAAAGAGUCCACCCUGCACCUGGUCCUGCGUCUGAGGGGUGGCUAUUAAUUUUCUAAGCAUAAGCAUUUCUAGUGCCCAAUAAUGGCUUUACUCUGCAUUCUAGCCAUAUGUUCUGAUUUAAGUUUAGAAAUCUCCAAUUUCAGUAAUAGCUAACCUGUUAAAAUGUCAAUAAAGGUUUUGUUGCAUGAUAGCA